GCAAGAGCGGGCGGGCCCUGCUAGCCCGGCGGCUCCCAGCUCGGUGGUCUUGGAGGCUCCGCAGGAUGGGGGAGAAGAUGGCGGAAGAGGAGUUCCCCAAUACAACUCACGAAGGUUUCAAUGUCACCCUCCACACUACCCUGGUUGUCACUACAAAACUGGUGCUCCCGACCCCUGCCAAGCCCAUCCUCCCUGUGCAGACAGGGGAGCAGGCUCAGCAGGAGGAACAGUCAAGUGGCAUGACCAUUUUCUUCAGCCUCCUCGUCCUAGCUAUCUGCAUCAUAUUGGUGCAUUUACUGAUCCGCUACAGAUUACACUUCUUGCCAGAGAGCGUUGCUGUUGUUUCUCUAGGUAUUCUCAUGGGAGCGGUUAUAAAAAUUAUAGAGUUUAAAAAACUGGCAAAUUGGAAGGAAGAAGAAAUGUUUCGUCCAAAUAUGUUUUUCCUCCUGUUGCUUCCGCCUAUUAUAUUUGAGUCAGGCUACUCAUUACACAAGGGUAACUUCUUUCAAAAUAUUGGUUCCAUCACCUUGUUUGCUGUUUUUGGUACAGCAAUUUCCGCUUUUGUAGUAGGUGGAGGAAUUUAUUUUCUGGGUCAGGACUUCCCCAUCCUGUCCCUUCUUUGCAGUUUUGCAUUUGGCUCCCUAAUUUCCGCUGUGGAUCCAGUGGCUACUAUUGCGAUUUUCAACGCGCUCCAUGUGGACCCAGUGCUCAACAUGCUGGUUUUUGGAGAGAGUAUUCUCAACGACGCAGUCUCCAUUGUCCUGACCAACACAGCUGAAGGUUUAACAAGAAAAAAUAUGUCAGAUGUCAGUGGGUGGCAAACAUUUUUACAAGCCCUUGGCUACUUCCUCAAAAUGUUCUUUGGCUCAGCAGCGCUCGGCACGCUCACUGGCUUAAUCUCUGCAUUAGUGCUAAAGCAUAUUGACCUGAGGAAAACGCCUUCCUUGGAGUUCGGCAUGAUGAUCAUUUUUGCUUAUCUUCCUUACGGGCUCGCAGAAGGAAUCUCGCUCUCUGGCAUCAUGGCCAUCCUGUUCUCGGGCAUCGUGAUGUCCCACUACACGCACCAUAACCUGUCCCCCGUCACCCAGAUCCUCAUGCAGCAAACCCUCCGGACCGUGGCCUUCCUGUGCGAAACAUGUGUGUUUGCAUUUCUUGGCCUGUCCAUUUUUAGUUUCCCUCACAAGUUUGAAAUUUCCUUUGUCAUCUGGUGCAUAGUGCUUGUCCUGUUUGGCAGAGCGGUGAACAUUUUCCCUCUUUCCUACCUCCUGAAUUUCUUCCGAGAUCAUAAAAUCACACCGAAGAUGAUGUUCAUCAUGUGGUUUAGUGGCCUGCGGGGCGCCAUCCCCUACGCCCUGAGCCUGCACCUGGACCUGGAGCCCAUGGAGAAGCGGCAGCUCAUCGGCACCACCACCAUCAUCAUCGUGCUCUUCACCAUCCUGCUGCUGGGCGGCAGCACCAUGCCCCUCAUCCGCCUCAUGGACAUCGAGGACGCCAAGGCGCGGCGCCGGAACAAGAAGGACGUCAACCUCAGCAAGACGGAGAAGAUGGGCAACACCGUGGAGUCGGAGCACUUGUCGGAGCUCACUGAGGAGGAGUACGAAGCCCACUACAUCAGGCGGCAGGACCUCAAAGGCUUCCUGUGGCUGGACGCCAAGUACCUGAACCCCUUUUUCACACGGCGGCUGACCCAGGAGGACCUCCACCACGGACGCAUCCAGAUGAAAACGCUCACCAACAAGUGGUACGAGGAGGUGCGCCAGGGCCCCUCCGGCUCCGAGGAUGAUGAGCAGGAGCUGCUGUGACCCCGCAGGGCACGGCCAUCGGCCUCCCCAGGGCUCCUAGGACAGACCCUGGGAAGGGCCCCCGGGGGCCUGUGCAUUUGGCUGCUCUUCAGGGGAGAAGAAAGCAGCGCGAAGCCAAGGCAGUCUUCUGAGCCCGGAACUUCCAGGCCGUAGGAGCCAGCUGGCUUCUGAAACACGUUGCUCCCCACGCCUCCGUGGCCAGACCUCCGCAGAUUGGAGGGACCACCUGUCCAGGUAAACGUUUCCUUUUGCUUUUGCAACCAAGGCAGCCACCCGUGCAGCCGAGGCGCCUGAGAGGAGAAAGCCUGCUGUGGAUGCUGCCGUGACUGGGUGUCCUCGGGGGAGCGCUGGCGUGCAGUUUCUGCCAUUCCCAGCCACUGCCUUCAUCGCGACGCACCGAGAGGCCGGGCCCUUCCCUGCUGGAAUGGGCGUCUGCCAUUUUCCGUAUCAUCAUCAAGGUGCCUCGGGCCUCAGCAGCAGCUAUUCUGACCUGAGUGGCAGGCCCAGAAAUCUUGAAAAGCUCCCUCUGUCCCUCUUCAUGAUGUUGCUUGCACACCCUACGAAAAACUGAGUGACUGUUCUCUUCUUUACCUCUGAUUGGCACCUCGCAGGCUGUCUCCCUGGGUGGCAGGCAGCUACUGCCCUUCUCUGGGAAUACUGUGAAUGUUUACACUGGUACUGACACGCGGGCAAAGGCCCUUCUUCCAAACCCCAAUGGAAGCUGCAUCCCUGGGUCUCUUGGAGCAAGUGAGCCUAUUCUGUGGGGUCAGAGCGCCCUCUGGAGGGAAAAGCUAGAGGUGCAGGGCUCACGCGGCCCAGCCACUGCUGUCUGAAUUCGGUUUAAAUUCAUGCACUUUAACAAAGUGGGGAGAUCCUAGCAGUCGCCUCCCUUAUCUUGAUUCCAGACUCUCUGUCCUUGUUUGUGCAGAGGCCCCUUUUCCUGGGUCCUCGGGGUCUGCCCACCACAUACCUGCUGCCACCUUCACUGCUUAUCAGCAUUUCCUCUUUCCCAGUCCUCUACUGUUUUGGAUCCCAUUUGUCCCCCAUGCCAGGGUCCCAGGUCACCCAAACACUAAGGCAGGGGGCUAGAGACUGCCCCCCUCCCCAAGACACACUCUCUCUCUUUCUCUCUCUCUCCCCCCAUCUCCCUGCCCCUUCCCUGUGGGCCCAGCCCCUGGGCCAUCUCAGGCUGAGGAGCUGCCAAUCAUGUCCAGAUGUAAGGAGUUACUGACUCAACAUCCACUCCCCACAUUUAACAAGCCUCGGACUUGCUCGCCUUUGCACAUCUACAGCUGUUGGCAGUUCCCACAGGUGGCUCAGGGUUCCAGCUGGAGCUGGGACCCUGCACUCCCUGGGUGGUUUCUUUCAUCAUGUGCAUGUUCUUGGUUCUCUGGGGACCCACUGGGCCAGCAGGGACCCUGGGCUGGCAGCAAGCACGAGUCCAUCUCGUCUGCCUAGGGCAGCGUGGCUCUGGGUGUCGGGAAGGACUGACCUCGGAACCCUCCAGGCCUCUGCUCAGCCCGCGCUUUCUUUUGUAUGCAUCAAAGUACAUUUGUACUUGAUAGAACUAGAAUAGGAUCAUUUUUCUUUCUGUAAUUUCCCACUCUGACCCCAAAAUUUGAACCAAGCAGGAUUCUUUCACCCCACCUGAUAUCCCACUGCAUGCAUAAUUCGGGUGUCUGUCAUUUCCUAUUUCCUUUUUGUGGAAAAGUAAGAGGUCAAAGGGGGCGGGACCUUUGUCCACACAAAGGGGGCGGGGGCAGAGAACUGAGGCCAGAUGGCUCUCUCAUUCCUCAACUCACAAGUAAUUUACUUUCUCUCCUAAACUUCAGGGUCUGAUCCCAGAGGUGGAAGUUGCAUUGCAAACUCAAUAGCUUGCCAGAAAAAAAAAUUGGGGGCUGUGAGUUCAUAGAGUAAGCAAUAAAAACAGGAUCUUCUCGAUUCAGACUGCCCCUUGUCACCAGGUCCCUCCUGGCCUCCCACUUUCGGCUGAGACUGAAAAUGACACUGCAGUAGAGAAGCAGUGGAGGGCCUACUUACUAUUAUAGAAGUUCCCCAAGGCUUGGCUGUGGGGGCUGGGGACACCUUUCCUGGCAGGUACCAGCACCUGCUGGAUCUCCCCUGAGCCUCUCCUGCCCCCUGCUGGCUGAGUGAGGGUUUAGCCUGGGAGAGCAUCCCCUCAGAAGUCGGUCUGUCACCACUGGCACAGGCAAACGCCCAUACAGAUAUAUUUUUCUGGUGGAUUUUUUCAAAUGUAUUUGCCUGAGAAUCAAAAAUUGCUGCUGUCUACCUUUACCAUACCUAAUAAUUCUAUUAUUUCGGGCAAUAAAUGUCUAGAUUUUUUUAAAUCCAGCAUAACUGUAACUGCUUACCUAUUGAUCUUUUAGGUCUAGGCCACAGGACAGGAGAGCUGUAGCAAGUAGAGAAGGUUCUUUAGAGGUGAAGUGUGCAGUCAGUGAGUGCCUCCUCUGGGAAGCUGCCCGCUUAGCCAGGGAACUCGGAAGACAUGCCUGUCCUGGGGAGCCGGGCUGCAGCAAGCCCACACUCCAAGACUCCUGUAGCCCUACACAGUAGGCCCUACGAUUUUGAACUUAGAAUAAAUCUCAUGCUUCCUGCAGCCCUCUCAUAGGAUCCCUGGGAACAAACAUCCCCUGAGGCUUGGGGUGGGAGGCCUUACAGGGCAAGAAGCUGGCUUUUCCUAGGUCCCCAGAGAUCAGGUUUGGGCUGGCCUGGGCCUGGGCCAGGCAGAAGGUGGCUCAGUUCCCUAGUCGAGAACUCCACACUCAGCCCAGGGGCAGAACCGAACCCCUCCCACCCCCAGGCCAGCCACCUCUUCACAGUGGGAAUGCGGACCCGGCCCUGGCGGUAAUGAGGCCAAGGGCAGCCCAAGGACCCCACGUCAGCCCCGGGAGGCCCUGAUUUGCCCGCUGAUUCCUUUGUAGGCAGUGGAAUGCAGAAACGCUGGUGAGUGGGCAUCCUUCUCACGUCAACGGUGCCAUCAGCGAGCAGCUCCAUGAGGUCUCAGUUCCACGUUCCCACAGGGGCCCUCCCACUUGGCACAGUCCUCAGCGGGGUGGCCACAGUCAGGAUCCCACUUCUGAGGGUGGGGCAGGGUAGUGGCCGGCUUCUUAGCCAAGUCACAGCAGUCAGAGGCGCAGGCAUGGCUUGGGGUGUGUGUGGCCUUAGGAGCGAUGAUCUGCCAUUGAUUAGAACUUUAACUGCAAAGAGAGGGGCCGCCCCUGGCUCCUUCCCCCACUCCCUCCGGAACGCAGGCAGGCGUGCUGCUCCUGCUGGCUGGUGAGGAGGAAACCUGAUCAGAAACGUUGCUGAUACAGCAGCCAGAAUCAUUAAGAAGCGGUUCUACCAGGAGCCCACUCUCCAAAGCCCCAGGCCAUAUGUUUGACAUGAAACCACCACAGUCAAGGCUUAAAGGGAAUUAGCAGCCACACUCCCUUCCGUUUAGGCCCCUGCCAUUUCUCACACAGAUGGAGUUAGAUGUUCAGGGACUUGUACUGCCAUUGGCCAUAUGACAAAAGAGGGGAGACUUUCUACCUUACCCUAGUCCACCCGUUCUCCCAGGCUGCUCACAGGAGCUGCCUGAUGUCAGGCUGAGAGAGCUGAGUGCAGCCCGGGGACCCUGUAGCCCUGUGACUGGAUGGGGAUAUACGGGGCCCCUGUGGGCCCGUCAGCCCCGGGGAAGAGCCCAGGAAUAGCCUGUUAGCUGGGUCCUGGUGCUCACUUCUCACAGCCCCAGCCCUGCUCUGAGGAGCUGCGAGGUUCGUGCCUUCACCAAAGGCUUUAGUGUUUUCUCCAAAUACAGCUUUGCAAAGCUCGAUUCGUUCUCAAGGUGAAUCAGAAUCUUGUAUUCUUGUAAGCAAUUUUGUCAAAACGAAGCGUUUUUUUUAAAGUACUGCUUCUUUAUUUAUGGACCAUUGGGAAGGCCAGGCUUGUUCUGUCCUCCCCCAAGUAAGUUGUGACUGGCAUUUGGUAGGGCUUGCUUCCUAAGAAAUGAUUUGCUCUUCUUAAUGGGGCUUCAGAUUGUGCAGGGGAAGAUGGGUCAGAGAUGGGGGGACCUCUGGGGGCUUUAGCAUCAGCCAGGUCCUGGGGACAGAAGGGACCAAGAGCCCUCUGCACACACAGGCAGGUUUCAGAUGAUGCCCUGAUGCAAAUGGGGAAGAAAACAGAUCUUUGCUUACUGCAAAGGAGCCAUAAGAAUGUAGUUGGUUUGUAUUGUGGCAAAGUGAGCCAUACACUCCUACCUGCUGGCGGGAAGGCCAGCUGGUUCAAGCUUUUUGGAAGCCAACAUGGGGACACCUAUCAAAAGCCUGGAAAUGGCCCAUGUUUUGACACUGCAAGUCUCAAAAGAACAAAACGAAUGUGCACAAAAAUUUGGCUCCAAAAAUAGUUAUCUUGACAGUAUCUGUAAUGAGGAAAAAUGGAAAAUAACUUUUUUGCCCACCUAGAGGGGAUUGGUGAGAAAAAUAGUAAUACAAUGUUUACCAGCAAUUAACGAUUUAAGGAAGCGGGGAUGAGCGUAUCAGGCUAGCAUCUUGCCACCUUCAGAGAGAAACAAAAUUGUAUCCUCCUUAAAUGUUUGAGAUUUCAAAAUGACAAAAAGAUGAAUCAAAGGAGUAGAAAUCUUGUUUUUUAAAUACAGACACCACUCCUCAAACACCCACUAAUCUCUAAUGUAGCAGGCCUGCAGGCUGCCCAUCCACCCACCAUUUCUGCCCUGUGCCCUGGUGUCUUUGCUAAGAGAAUCCACUUUUGUGUGUGUGAUGGGCGACCAUACGCAUCAAAGGGAAAGGGGGCCCGUUCCCAGUGCGAGACGGUCCUGGUCGGUCAUUCCACUCCCUUUGCCUGAGAAUGGCUGACAAAUGGGCCUCUGACCCAAUUCUGGCAGGAGACUGGAACAACAUCUCAGGGAAUGUCUAGAACAGUUUCCUCGCUCUCAGAGAGACACUGAAGGAAGGGAAGCACCCCCCUUCCCACUGUCUGGCCUCUGCCUCCCAUUAUGUGAGGAUGUACUCCCUGGACCUGCUGAAGCCAUUUUGAGACGAGGGAAGACCUCACCACAUGCUAAGGACAGAACAGAAGGGCAGAAGGCCCGUGAGUUUUUAAUGACACAGUUGGGCCGAUGAAUUCAUCAGUCCUGGAACUGACCCCCCUCCAGACCUCAUUAUGUGACACAGUACAUGUUCUUACUGUUUAUGCCACUUCUGAUUGGGCUUUAUGUUACAACAAAAAUAAUCCUGAUACAACUUUGUGAAGUGUGAGACAAGCAGAUUCCAAACCAACACAUGCAGCAUUAGCCUGUAAAAAUUAAAGGUGUGUUUACAUAUAAGAAAAAAUCUGGAAGGACAGCUGCCAAAUGUUAACUGUGGUUCUGAGUGGAAGGAUUAUGGGUAACUUAAAAAAUCUUGUUUGUAUAUAUUUUUUAUUUCUUUCAUAAAGAACGUGUUGUCUCUUUUCAAAAUGUGAUUACAAAUGAAACCAGAACUAGAGAAAGCAACACAUUAACUGGGGAGAUUUGAUGUGCUAUUAAGAGCACUAGGGAAACAGGAAGUCUCAUCCUCCUCAGGUGAGAAUCCAAACUGAAGGGAUGACUUUGAAGAGCAUCUGGCAAUGCCGAGUGAAGGGAAAGAUGGCUGCCACCCUUUGACCCAGCAAUUCCUCUCCUGGGCUCAUGCCCUAGAGAGCAAGCCUGCCAGCCCCAGCCUGCCUCCUGUUGUUGGACUACCAGAGCGCUAAGAAUGGUUUGUCACACUUUCAAACGGUUGAAAAAACUCAAAAGAAGACUCAUAUUUCAUGACAUGUGAAAAUUAUAUGAAAUUCAAAUUUCAAU